AUGGUGAUUGAUAAUGAAGCCACCACAACUCCUACAGUGAUUGAUCAUCACCAUCCUCUUUACCUUCAAGCUUCUGACUCUCCAGUUCUGGUAAUAAUUCCGAUUAAACUCACAGGUCCAGAAAAUUAUUCCCUGUGGAGUAGAUUGAUGAAACUGGCUCUGCGAGGCAAAGGUAAGCUAGGGUUUGUGGAUAGUACUUGCCCUAAGAGCAAGUAUGUAGGAGAAUUAGAGGAAUUGUGGGAAAAAUGUAAUGCCAUUGUGUUAUCAUGGAUUGGUAGCACUGUAUCUGUUGAAUUAGUUCCUAGCAUAGUUUAUGCUUCGACUGCUAGGAAGGUUUGGGAAGAAUUCAAGGAACGAUUUGAUCGAUCUAAUUUGACCAGGAUCUAUUAUCUGUGGUCUGAAAUUGCAAAUUUGAAACAAGGUACUGACUCUGUGACUUGUUAUUACUCAAAAAUGAAGGAUCUAUGGAAUGAACUUGAUGUCAUGGUUUUACUACCUUCAUGUUCCUGUGAAGAAUCUAGUCUCUAUGUGACACAUUUAAAGUCACAACGGCUGUUGCAGUUCCUUAUGGGACUCAAUGAAAGUUAUUGCAGCUUGAGAAAUAACAUUCUCUCUAGAAACGACACUAUGACAGUGAAUGAAGCCUAUGCUAUCAUAACUCAAGAGGAGAUCCAAAGAUCAUUGGGGGUGGUUGAUCAUCAAAAGGAUCCUCUGACAUUGCUUGCUGGAAGAGCUCAAGGUUAUCGACCUAGAAAACCAGGAAGUUAUGGAGGAUCUACAGGAGGCACAACAGGAUCUGCAGGUGGAGGGAUUCCUUGCAUUCAUUGUGGUUACAAAGGCCAUCUGAAGGAUAAUUGCUAUAGAGUAAUAGGCUAUCCUGAGGACUUCAAAAGCAGGAGGAAAUCAUCACAACAGGCACAACCUGCACAUCCUAAACCUGCAGCCAAUGCUAGCUCGAAUGACAACCAUAAAAAUCAAGGAUCAGGCUAUUUUCUCACAGAGCAACAAUAUCAGGAAUUGCUUGGAAAACAACAGGCUCACUCUCACUCCAAUAAUGAAUGUGUAUCAAACAUGACAGGUAUACAUUCCUUAUUGUCAAAUGUUAUUACUUCUGAGUGGAUUGUUGACUCUGGAUCAUCUCACCACAUUACACCUUAUAGAGAGUUAUUAUCUGAUAUUAAGAAACUUGAGAAUCACCUUAGUGAUAAAGUUCAAGUGCCAACUGGUGGAAGAGCACAAAUCAAAGGUGCAUGGACUGCUUCUAUCUUUGAAGCUUAUAGCAUGAAGAAUGUUCUUCAUGUCCCUGAUUUCAAGUUCAAUCUUCUCUCAGUUUCCCAGAUAACCAAGGCCCUAUCUUGUGUUGUAUUAUUCUUUCCUGAAUUUUGUGUCUUUCAGGGACUUUACAAUGGCAAGGUCUUGGGGAUUGGUAGAGAAAGGGAUGGACUAUAUCUGUUACAGGAGAAGACUAUUCCAAUAACAAAUGUUGCAGGAUUAAAGCACAAUACAGAGGGAAUACUUUGGCAUCUCAGAUUAGGCCAUCCUUCCACAACUACACCUUAUGCAUUACUAUAUGGCAAGCAAGCUAAUCUUGAUCACUUAAGGGUGUUUGGUUGUUUAUGCUAUGCUAGCAAACUACUUAGAUGGGACAAAUUUGCUGCAAGGGCAAGGGAAGCUGUCAUGAUUGGUUAUUCUAAAACUCAAAAGGGCUACAAGUUGUAUGAUCUAGCUGACAAAACAUUCUUUGUGAAUAGAGAUGUCAGUUUUAGGGAGUCUACAUUUCCUUUCCAAAAGCUAGCUCAGUCUGCCCUGGACAUAUCCAGCACCGAUAGUCCAACCUCUAUUGAUAGUCCUUUGGAUGAUCAUGCACUUGUUGGUACUCCUGCACAAUUGGUCCCUGAAGUAGUUGAGACAGUUCCACUUGAUGCUAUGCAGAAUGACUCUUUGGUUCAGGAAGCAAUUUUGGACCCUACUCUUGCUGAUACAGAUGUAGUACAGGCAGAUGAAGUACAGACAGAUGAAGUACAAGCCACUAUCUCUGAUCCUCCAGUAGGGCCUUCUCACAACAGACCUCUUCGGACAUCUAAGCCCCCUAUAUGGCUUAAAGACUAUGUCUCCAUUGUCAAGCCUAAGGGCCACUAUUCCUACCCUAUUUCUCAAUCUGUUUCAUAUGACCAUCUUUCUACAGCUUAUCAGGUGUAG